AAAAAUAGUAAUGUUCUACCAAGGUAUUCUCAGGCGUACUCGGCUCUUGUUCUAAAAGUGGCAAUAACUAACAUGUGGCAGAUUGCGGAGUUAACCAUACAAGGGUGAAUUUAGUAGAAAAAUUUGAAUUUGUUCUUGCCCAGGAUAGCCGUGGUGACAGUCUAUCGAAGAUGAGUAUCUACGGUUUUUUUUUUAUUUUUAUUUGAAAUUAUUAUUAUUAUUAUGGAGAAUAAUAGUCAAUAAAAGCUAUCGAAAUAAUACCACGACCACAUGACAUUAAUUUUACUUGCCGUUCAAAUAGUGAAAACUAAAUACAAAUGCAGUGGUAUGCCAGUACAUAGUUGACUGCGAGAAUUUUUGUGUGCUUUUGCGGAAUUCCAGAUAAAAGUGGACACCAACAGAAGAAAAUUUUAGUGAUCAAUCAAGCCCAACCAAAAUGCAGCUUUCAUCCCAAGUGAUUAAAAUUCUCCAGACAAUCAACAUGAAUACUAUCGUCGCUUGUAUGGGGAUGAUGGAUUCUUCAUAUGGAGCAACCCUACUGGAUUUGGCAGAAGUCUUCCACACAAGUGUUCAUGCCAUAUCCUUUACACUCACCACCAAAUCGGCUGGUGCCUUAUUUGGUGCGCUGAUUAGUGGUUUGAUGUACCGUUUAUGCAAUAUCCAACUAGUUCUGGCCGUAUGCGCCCUACUGAGUGGACUAUUAGCGGUUCUCGUCCCAUUGUUACCGAACGUGAUAAUGUUGCAUAUCGUUUCCUUUAUACUCGGAUCUAUUUUAUCGACUGCUGACGUAGGGAUGCACGUGUGGAUACAAGUUAUUUGGAGGCAUAAGGCUGGCUUUCAGCUGCAGCUCUACAAUCUUGUAUUUGGUUUAGGCGGAAUUGUUGCGCCAUUCAUCUGUGAACCGUUCCUAAGCUCCAGCAUCCAAAACAUAAAUCACUCAUCAGGAACAUUACAUAGUGCGUCAGACACCGUACUAUUAGACACGACUGCAGCGACGGCUCUGAAUUUAGAAAAAGGGAUAAGAAGUGCCUCACGCAUCUAUUUCGCUUACGGUAUUAUGGGCGGAACAUUGCUUGCAGCGGCCAUUUCCAUUAUCGUCUUGUACACAUUCGACAGGACCGAUCCAAAGCCCGGCGUAGACUCUCCAAAAAGCAAUGAAGAUCUGCCGCAAAAGUCAAAAUACACAAUCAUUACUUUAUUAUCCAUUUACCUGUUUCUCGGUAUCAUAGACGAGGUCACAUUUUCUGCGUAUCUGCCAACGUUUGCAGUAUGCCAGGAGAAUUUACGCUUGUCUAAAUCAUCUGCUGCUUACUUAGCAUCCGCAUUCUGGACGAGCUUCACGAUCGGUCGACUCUUCGCAACGCUGCUCACAUUAAAAUUCAGUCCCGGAAAGUUAAUAGCUGUCUUCCAUUUCAUUUUGAUGAUAGCCACAUUAGGAAUGCUAUUCUAUAUUAAAGAAUCAGUGCUUGUAGUAUGGCUGGGCACGAUCAUGGUGUCAUUUGGAUUGGGACCGUUUUUUGGAAAUGCGACCGUUUGGGGUAUUCAAUAUAUAGUUUUGACGCACAAUCAUAUGAGUGUAAUAUUUAUUUGUGUGUGUGCAGGAAUGACGAUACCAGGUCUGCUAAUUGGGCCCUUCAUUGACAGUUACCCUAUGGUAUUGAUGUGGGGCCAUGCAGUACUUGCGACAACUCUUACGGGGUGUGCCAUUUUACUACUGAUCUAUGGGCGAACUUCAUUACUCCAAGAGUUUAAGCGGAAAAAGGCCAAUAAGGAUAAAACUUAGGGCGGCAGAGUCUCCGGGGAAAUUGGAAAAUUAUCGUCACGGGAAUACAUUUUAAUGAAACGAACUCAGCAAUGUCUUCAUGAGCAGUUUCACCAUUAUUACUAUCGUAUAAUCGAUGCUGCUUUAAAUGCGCCUGCUAGAUAUAAACGUUAGAAUUGUCAAGGAAGUCAACAAAACUAAUGUCGCAAGCUGCAAAUCUGUAUACUUAUGUGUAAAUAUAUCACUAGCGAUUCAACAAUAAACAGACUAUCAUCAAUACGCGCGUUAACCAUAAAUCACCUUUACGCUGGCUUUUUUAUGAUAUUUGUAUAUUAAUUUAAGAAUUAUAAUAAAAUUAAAAUUACCUGU